CUGCUGGUUAGUUUGUGCUCUUGAUUAUUGUUAAGGUUGUGUGGACUAUCACUGCGGACUUCGGCCUUAUAUCACUAUAUCAAAACUGGACAUUUCACAACAGUGAUAAAGGGAAAUAAAAAUUGCAUUGAAUAAUAUAGUCAUUCCGACAAAUAUUGCGACGUUUGAAGAACGCAGACAGGGACUGAGAUGGAUUCGAGAAGGCCGGGUCCUGACAGCACAUAAAUCAACAAACAGCUUAUAAAACAGUCAUCGGUUGAUUUGUAUGUUAAUUAAAGGCUCUGUCGGUUUUGGAGAAGUAAUUUUGCCAAAUUUUGUCACUGAAAACCCCACCAAACCCAUGCAAUGGCUGCCAUAAUUAGAGCAAAACACAGAGACUGAAAUCCCUUUACAACAUCCCACCUUUUCUCACCGAGUGUGAUGGCCAACACUGUUGCCACUCUGGUGGUCCAAACUGAACUCUUACCAUCUCAAACAUCCUCCUCCCUUUCUCCCUUUCCUUCCCUCCUUGCCUCUGUAGAGGAUGGGAAGGAGGAUGGAGAGAAGGUAGAAGAAGAGGGGAAAGAGUCACAAAACGUUGUUCUCGCAGGUGACAUGGUGACAUCAUCAACGCCCCCUGUUACAACGGUGGCACAAAAUCCAGAGGCUCCAUUCCAGUGUUUGGAAUGUGGCAAGAGUUUUAAGUGGUCAUCCAGACUGGCACAUCAUCAAAGGAGCCAUAACAAUGAGAGGCCAUAUCGCUGUAACCUCUGUCCUAAGGCCUUCAAGGGCUCAUCUGCCCUGCUUUACCACCAGAGGUCUCAUUCAGGAGAGAAGCCCUAUAAGUGUGACGAUUGUGGUAAAGCCUUCAAGCGCUCCUCUCUUCUACAGAUUCAUCGCAGUGUGCAUACAGGUCUUCGCACUUUCCAGUGUUCCUAUUGCCCUUUGACCUUCAAAUGGAGCUCACACUACCAGUAUCACCUCCGCCAGCACACUGGUGAAUGUCCGUACCCUUGUGACAGCUGCUCCAAAGCCUUCAAGAACUCCAGCAGCCUGCGUCGCCAUAAAAAUGUACACCUGGGUUUCAAGCCUUACGUCUGUGAUGUCUGCAAUAAAGCCUUCAGUCAGUCCACAAACCUGCGGCAGCACAUGCGCAUACACACGGGUGAACGUCCGUAUGUUUGUGGGGAAUGUGGUCGCAGCUUCACGCAUUCGUCCAACUUGGCACUGCAUCGCAUCUCUCACAUAGAAGGAAAGGGGAAGGGUGCUGGGAAGGCUGGAGGGGCCGGCUCAGGGUCAGCUCCUCGAGAGGUGGAGGUGGUGCUGACAGAAGAUUUGAACACAGUUGGGAUGACAAUUUCUGAAAUGGUCGGCCUCGUGGGUGGACAGGAGGGAGGGGUCGGGCCGGUGUUCCUGUCUCACAGUACACCCUUGCCUGCUAACUCGGGCACAGCCAAUCAAAAUGUCCUUUCCCAGCUUUCCCUCACACCCACUUCCUCCACUGUCACAGGCACAGAACAUUUGCACUUGAACAAGUCUGACACUGGCGCUAGUGUUUUGCUGUUUAGCUGUGGCAGCUGCAAUGAGACAUUUUCAACACAGAGUCACCUUGAGGACCAUCAGGCUCUUCACCUGGAUAGCCUGGGCCCAAGAACUGAAGGUGGGGUUGCAGCAGAAAACAGCACAGAGGCUGAGGGAAGUGGGGUGUCACUGGUCGGGGCAACGCCAUUGUUGGCUGAUUUUGAAGAGGUUGUUGAAACCACCACAGCUGCAGACAGUGGGCAGGGGGCUGAGUUACUUGGCCUGGAUGGGGUCAGAAAUGAAUCGGGGCAGGCUCACUUUGAUCUUCUACAGAGCUUCACUACGUCUGUGAAUCAGAUGCCUUCUGAUUCCAGUGUGCCAAGUGCACAAUCUACAAUGGAAUGUGCAUACUGUGGGAAGAGCUUCAAGACCAGGAGUGGACUGACCCGACACAUGGCCCAGUCUCAUCCUCUCGCUCUGUCUGAGUCUCGUUCUCAAUUCAACUGCUCAGCUUGUGAUCGCUCCUUCCCGCUGCUCUCCUCUCUGCUUACCCACCAGCACUCCCACACUCCUGAGCAGAGAUUGCUUGCAGAAGCGGAGGCAGAGAUUGUCUGCCCUUCUCUCUCACUGCCACUGCCCACAUUAAAGAGAGAGGGAGAAGAUGCAGAGAGAGAGAUCCAUGUCAGUCUAAUUGCUGUCACUGAGGAGGGAGAGAGACGAGCUGUGAAGCCAUCUGUCAAAGCAUCAGGAAAGGGAAGCAGGAGAGGUGGAGGUAGCGGUAGCAAGACAUCUGCCACAAAUAAUGAGAGGCCUUAUCGUUGCUCUGAGUGUGGGAAGUCAUUCAAAGGUUCAUCAGGACUUAGAUACCACAUGAGAGACCACACUGGGGAGAGACCGUAUCGAUGCACAGAGUGUGGCAAGAGCUUCAAAAGAUCCUCACUGCUUUCCAUACACCAACGGGUCCACACAGGUGUGCGGGCUUUUCAGUGCCCCUACUGUCCACUGACCUUUAAGUGGAGCUCACACUACCAGUACCAUCUUCGCCAGCACACAGGUGAGCGCCCAUAUGUAUGUCAGGAAUGUGGCAAGUCUUUCAAGAACACCAGCUGUCUCCGUCGCCACAGUCAGCUUCAUUCUGGCCUACGUCCACAUGCUUGCUCUGUGUGUGGUAAGGCUUUCUCUCAGACCUCCAACCUCAAACAGCAUGAAAGGACACACUCUGGAGAGAGGCCCUUCCAGUGUUCUCAGUGCCACAAGAGCUUCACACACUCAUCCAAUCUGCAGCUGCACCUGCGCACACACUCCUUACGCAAGGACUUCAAGUGUCAAGAUUGCGGAAAAGAGUUUGUCAUGCUCUCCUACCUGCAGAGGCACCUGAGGACCCAUAGUUCUGGGGGUGUAGCAGGAUGUACAAAGGAGAUGGGGAAGGUGGCUAAAGGUGGUGGGGCACCAGAGACAACAAUGCUGAGUUUAAACAUGAAUGUACUUGGUGGUCUUCCUUCAUUGUUUCCCACUGAUGGUAAUUCUACAUUGAUUAUUUCACCCCCACAUCUUGACAUACCCCCAAACACAUCACAGAAUUAUUUCAUGAUCCAAACAACUUCAGGGCUGCAGCUGAUCCCACUGUCCAAUCCCACACCAACACAGCCAGCCCCCCCUCCUCCAACACCUCCACCUCCACUACCCCCACAGACUCAGAAUUUCCUGCUUCUUCAGUGCCAGUCUAACAAUGGAAACCAGCCUAGUCUGAUUCUGGUCCCUACAGCAUCCAAUACAAACACUCUUCCCAUACAUUCUGAACCACAGACCCUUCCCUUGAUGCAAACCAUUUCAGCACUGCCCCAAGUUUUGGCUCCAGCCCAACCUCACAUCCAGCAAUAUCAACCAGUUCAGACACAGCAGAGAUUUAUUUUGACCAAUAAUAAUGCUCCCCUCAUCACUUCCCAGCCUCAAAGCACACCAACAAUUGCUCGUCCCAUUUUAGGCAGUUUAAGUCGUACCAGAAAAGGAGGUACUAGGCGUGAACGGAAGCCUAAAGCUGCUAUCCAAAAACCUGCCCCUGUCAUUAAGACUACAGAAGUCAAGCAACCAUUGAUUUCAUCAGCUGCUACUUCCAAAUCUACCACAAUAUCCAAUGCCACUUCUGUUGCUUCCUCAACAACAAAGUUCCAGCAACUUGCUAAUGGUGAUCUACCAGCUGUGUCGUCUGUCAGCUCUUGCCAAGUGCCUGAAUGCCCUAUUGUCCCUGCUGUUGGCAUUAUGUCAGUGACACACAACUCCAAUAGUUCUCCUGUCUUUAGAGGUGACUCUGAGAGUGCUCCACUUGAGAAGAAACCUGUUCAAGAAAUCUCAAGGGAACACUUUGUUUUGUGUUUAGAGAAAGGGAUGGAGGAUGGAGGACAGGGUGAUGGGGUGGAGGUGAAGGUGAAAAUGGAAGGAGGGAGUGAUGCAGGGCGGUCAUAUGUCUUGCAGAUCAAAGAUGAGGGGCAGCAAGAAGAGGGAGGCAGUAGUGAGGGAGGAGAAAAGUCAUAUGUGCUUCGGAUUCAGACAGAGGGAGAAGAUGAUGGAGAUGGAGAGAAGUCUGAAAUGGUCUCUCUUAACCUUCUACGAGAGUGGACUGGACAGAGCGAGGGGCAUGGAACUUCUGAGACUGAAGGAAGUGUAGAGAAGUCAUUUGUACUUCAUUUUCAAACUGAGCCUCACCACGAGGACCUUCAGCCAAGCUCAGGCUUCAUAGGAGGCCCAGGUGAGGAUCUCAGCCUCUCCUGCCAUCCUGCUCAAGCCUUGGUUCCAUUGGAUGGGCAGGAUGUGGUUUUUGAGCUGGAUGAUGAAACAAAAAUGGAUGACAGCACAGGACCUGGGGACAAUGUUCAAAUGAUUGCACUGAUAGAGGGUGAGGGCAACAGCUCUGGAGCAGGGGGCGGUUUUAAAGGGGCUGUUGGGGCAAACUCUCGGCAAAUGGAGGGAAUCUUUCAGUUAGAGGGAGGAGAGGGCAUUGUUAUAAUUGAAGUUAGCACCAGAAGUUUGAGAGAGGGUGAAAUCGAGGCAGCAGAAGUAGGACAUACUUUAGUGGAAAGAAGUGAGGAAAAGCAAGCUAAUGUUGCACAAGAAAUACAAGAGGACUUAACAUCAGAGGGGCCAAAAGUUCAUGAGGUCGAGAGCAUAUCAUCAUCGGAGAUCGGAAUGAUUGAGACUUCAGGCUGAGUAUGGAAUAACUGGUUUUCGAUUUAUCUGGCUUUAACACAAAUCACACCUCAUGACACCGUUCAAUGAUGGUGUUCAAACUGUAUUCAUAUAAGUAAUGGUUGACUCUCUGUAAUUCUAAUGUGUUCCUUUUGGACAGUAAUUAACAGUUUUAGACUUAAGGAAGCUGAUGACAGUGUUGUAAAUGUAGGACCAACACAGGACCUUCAAAAAAUGUUUAUCAACUGAGACUUGUCCCUUGCACAAAUAGGCAUCCUUAGAACACCACAGAGUCUUCUUCCUCUGGUGUUUCCCCCUUUCAGACUGUACUUUGUGGGGAUAAAGCAUAUUGCUUGGAAGUUACGGUUGUUCACCUGACCGCUACAGGGAACUGUCACAAACCACAAUCAUCAGAUACAACCCAGCGGAAAAUAAUGGGUUCUGAUUUAAGGAAGUCCAUAGUGCUCUUCAGCAUCCAGAGUGCACUGAAAAGAUAGAAUUUAUGAUUAUUAAUUAUGAACUAUAUUCAGAUAUACUGUCAUGUUGACAGUGACUGUACAAAGUGAACUUUUGUAAAUUUGUCUGCUCUGUUUGUUUUCAUUCUUAAUAUAGGUACUAGAUUAUGACAAUUACCAAUAAAAAUAGGUAUGAAUGUCAGAAUUUGUAUUUACUGUUUCACUCAGUUCAAUGAUUAGAAGUGUUUACUUCAUAUUUAAGUAAAUUCUGGAUUACAUUUCAUGGAUAUGGUACAACG